AAACUGAAAAGCAAAACGUAAGAAAUAGGAUUGGAUAUUUAAGGAUUAAGCUAAAAAUCCAAAACCUGAUGAAAAUUUUGCGGUGGUCACUCUGAUAAGCGAUCAAGUACUCUUCUUAUUGCUUAUGGAACCAGUUACAAUCUCAAGUCACCAAACGAUGCCUUGAGCCAUCAAAUCCAGAGAACAAUCUCUCCGAAUCUGCCUUUUUGAAGAGAUGAACUCAACAAGCCUAUUGAUCAAGUCUAACAAAACCGAUCACCAACAAGAAAGCUCAACAACCCUCAGCCACAUCAGCACUAGCAUUCAGAUCUAUCACAAUCAGACCCCAUGGGAUAAGAUACGUUACAGCAUCUGGAAUCUUCAUGGAGAUCUUCAGUCUCACGUACCAAUUUACUUCACAGGAUCUGAAGCCUAUCCAGUAGGUAUUCUUGAAUGUGUGAAAGGUUUAUAUGGGAAUAAGAUGCUCAAUGAAGUGAUUGACUCUAUGAUGAUGAGAUACACAGUACAAGUGCUCAAAUCUUACAGGUGGAAGCUUGGUUUUUUUUACUUGCACUGACCGAAGAUGAUUCAGAUAGCUAAAGAACUCA